AUGGCCUGGGGUGGAGAAGAUCUCGUGCCCGAGCUCUUGCCGCCGGGCUCUCCUGAGGCCAAGCAUGACAAGGAGGCGGCAGAAGGGCAGAUGAACAGCUGUGAGACAGUGCUGAACCUGGCCAACACCAUGAUGGGCAGCGGCGUGCUGGCCGUGCCCUUUGCUUUCAGCCUCACCAAUGGCUGGGCCGUCUCCCUGCUGCUGCUGGUGGUGCUUCUCACCGCCUUCACGGCCUGUCUCAUUGGCGAGAAGCUGAUGAUGUCGAGAUGCAGCCACAUCGGGGGUGGGCAGCAACCAAGCACCAGGGACUAUACCUUUUUGGCUGAAGUCUCCUUUGGCCAAGCUGGUAAAUGCGUGGUGGCGGUGAUCACUGCAUUGGAGGUCUGGCUCGCAGCGGUGACCUUCCUCGUGAUGAAUGGUAGCAACAUCCAGGGCCUAUUAGGCAUGAACGAGGUGCAGGCGGUGCUCGUUUGCACGUUCGUCUCCACGGUGAUGAUCUUCAUCCCCCUCCGCAUCUAUGCCUAUGUCUCCUUGGCAUCUUUGGUCGCUCUUUUGAUUGCCAGCUUGUGCUUCUUGGGGGAUUUGGGCACUGGUGGACCUUGGAGCUUCCCCGCGCCGCAGCUAGAACCCAACUUGGGCAACCUGUGCCGGGCGUAUGGGCUCUUCAUUUUUUGCUUCGCGGGCCAUCCAUGCCUGCCUGCACUACAUGAAGGCAUGCAGCAGAUGGAUCAGUGGAGCUCCUGUGUGUUGUGGUCCUUCGGAAUCGCGGCAGUCUACUAUUUGCUCCUGGGCCUAGCGGCUUUCCUGGCACAUGGCGACACACUCCACCCAGUUUUCACACAGGACAUGAAUGUUGGUUGGCUGAAACAUGUGGCGGCUGCCUUCUUUGCAGUGAAAAUCCAAUUCACCACGCCGGUCUUGAUGCGCGUGGUCCUGCAGUCCAUGCAGAUUUGGCCCGAAGGCCCUCACGUCAAGGACCGGUUCGGCCUUCACCGGCCUCCCGGUGGCUUCGGUGAUUCUGCUCACCGGAAGCUCCGCGUGCUUCCUGGCCGGUGA